GCAGGAAAAUCCGUGGAGACAGCAGAUCCAAGAAGCGGCGAUGCUUGCGUAGAACCCUGUACGUGCUUCCUUUGGCCUGUCGCUCUUCCCUUCCCUCUGACCAGCACGAUGCUUCUCCUGGUGACAAGCCUUCUGCUCUGUGAGUUGCCACACCCAGCAUUCCUCCUGAUCCCAGAGAAAUUGGAUCCGCAAACAGUGGUACCAGCUUCUAGUCUCAAUGUGAGGUUUGACUCCAGGACGAUGAAUUUAAGUUGGGACUGCCAAGAAAACACAACCUUCAGCAGGUGUUUCUUAAUUGACAAGAAGAACAGAGUCGUGGAACCCAGGCUCAGUAACAACGAAUGUUCGUGCACAUUUUGUGAAAUUUGUCUACAUGAAGGAGUCACAUUUGAGGUUCACGUGAAUACCAGUCAAAGAGAAUUUCAGCAAAAACUGCUUUAUCCAAACUCAGAAAGGGAGAGUACCGCUGCUCACAAUUUCUCCUGUUUCAUCUACAAUGUGGAUUUCAUGAACUGUACCUGGGCGAGGGGUUCGACGGCCCUCCAUGACGUCCAGUAUUUUUUGUACAUACAAAACUCAAAGAGAAAGAGGGAGAUCCAGUGUCCUUAUUACAUACAAGAUUCGGGAACCCAUGUGGGAUGUCACCUGGAUAACCUGUCAGGAUUAACGUCUGGCAAUUACUUUCUGGUUAACGGAACCAGCCGAGAAAUUGGCAUCCAAUUCUUCGAUUCACUUUUGGACACAAAGAAAAUAGAACGAUUCAACCCUCCCGGCAAUGUCACUGUACGUUGCAACACGACACACUGCCUUGUACGGUGGAAACAGCCCAGGACCUAUCAGAAGCUGUCGUACCUGGACUUUCAGUACCAGCUGGAUGUCCACAGAAAGAAUACACAGCCUGGCACUGAAAACCUACUGAUUAAUGUUUCUGGUGAUUUGGAAAAUAGAUACAACUUUCCAAGCUCUGAGCCCAGAGCGAAACAUAGUGUGAAGAUCAGAACUGCAGACGUCCGCAUCCUGAAUUGGAGUUCCUGCAGUGAAGCCACUGAAUUUGGUAAGCGUUGGUCUGGCUCUGUUGCCCAGGCUGGAGUGCAAUGGCAUGAUCUCGGCUCACUGCAAACUCUGCCUCCCAGAUUCAAUAGAUUCUCCCCCCAGCCCUGGCAGAGCAGAUUAGCCCUGGCAGUAUCUCCUCUGGUGCCCUACUUCUGCCCGUGGCUCACCGCCCCGGGGACAAAGCCACAGGACUUGGCAUUUGAGGCCUCUGCUCCGUCGCCUUUUCGUGGCCUGGGGGGGGUGCAGCGUAGCUGCAGGGCCUGGGAACACUCCGGCCGGCACCGACCUGAGGGCACCCUGGAGCAGGUGGCCCUGACCGAAGGGAGG